GAAACGGGUAACGGGUGUCGUGUUUGCCUGCCAGUUAGUUAGUGGCUGCUGCCCUAAUAGGCCUCUUAGUCGCUCCUUCCUCGCCGCCUCCCUCCCCGAGCUUGUGGCUUUGUCAACUCCCCAACUCCCCUCCUGCCCCUCCUGCACCUCUGCACCCGUGCAUCUCAAGCUCAAGUGCUUCCUCCAUCCAACUGCAGACUGACUGUGGGCACCUGUUUCAGAAAUCUGCACUUCCGCUGCAGUCGAUAUCCAGUGACGGCGCCUGCAAGUGGGUGGGCUCGCCACUACUGCAUACGGUAGUGCGUACUUACUCUGGGGACUGUGCAGAAAAAGGGGGGCCAACCUCGCAGACCGCCUCUUCGGGCUGGCGACUUCCCUCGCGACACCCGAAACAGACAAGACGGGCAGGCCAGGAAAGACCAGACGGCCAGGACAGGACAGGACAAACAGGACUGGACGGGACUGCGACCUCAAUCGGGAGGCUGGGAGCACCAGAGACUGACUGCUUACCGGGACAGCUGGAUUUAUACCUGCUCUUUGGGAUCGAGGCCUUUCUUUUCCUCCUUUCUGGCUCGGCAAUUCAUUGGCUCUGGACAGUCAAUCAUUCAGUCACUCAAUCACUCAGUUCACCGCACUGCCCUGCCUGUCAAGAUGCAGCUCACGGAGACGGUCACCAUCAUCAACAAGUCGGGCAAGAUCAUUGGCAAUGGAAAGCACAUUGUCAACAUCUUCAAGGAGGCCAAGGCAGCCUAUCAGGACAAGAAGGCCUCCAUCAAGGCCGAACGCGCCGCUGCCGCCGAGCUGAGGCCCGGCAUCAAGAAGGCCCAGACCUAUGCCGGCCCCGCCCCGUCCCAGUACACCUACGCCGGCGAGGGCGGCCAUGUCUACGACCUGCCGGUCCGCAGGCACUUCCUCGAGUACGACGAGGGCAGCUACUACACCCACGAGCCUGAGCGCAUAGACGACCGAGACCGCAGGCGGUCCAUCGACGAUGCCAGGUCGGAUGGGAGGUCCAUCGCCAGCAGCUCCAGGAGGAGCCACGCCACCAGCCACAGGUCCCACAGGUCGCACCGCUCCAAGAGGACCACCACCCGCGGCGGCGACGACGACGAUGAGGUCAGGAGCACACGCCCGCCCCUGACGGCGAGCAACCUGCGCACCCACAGCGAGGUGUCGUCCACCGCGCCCAGCCAGAUCACCGCCGUCUACCGCUCGCCCUACGCCGAGACUGCCCCGCGCGACAGCAUGAUGAUGAGCAGGCCGACCCUCGCCCGCGCCCCGACUGCGCCCCCGUCGACCAUGAGCACCAUGGAGCCCGCCCUCGUGCCCCGCCGCCAGAGCAGCUACGGCGGUGGUGUUAUGCAGCACCACGCCGUCUCCGAGUCCGACCUGUCUACCGUCAGGCCCACCCCGCCACCCAACGACAAGAAGAAGAAGAAGAAGGAGAUCGACAUGAACCUCGCCUACGGAAACAUUCCGCCCGACCUGGCCUCCCGCACCGACCUGGGGCCCGUCACGAAAGCCGAGGAGGAGCGCGCCGCCGCCGAUGCAGAACUGAAAAGGGAGCAGGAGGCCCGCACCCUCAUGGCCCGCAUCGAUACUAUCCUCGACGAGGCCGAGGCCGUCCAGCACACGGCUACCAGCAUUAUUGAUCAUCUGCAGCGCAAGCCCGAGGCCGCUGCCGCCGUUGCCCUCAUGCUCGCCGAGCUGAGCACCCUGCUCAAGACCCUGGGGCCUGGCUUCCUGAGCGUCGUCAAGGGCGGCUCCCCGGCCAUCUUUGCCCUCCUGGCCAGCCCCCAGUUCCUCGUCGCCGUGGGUGUCACCGUGGGCGUGACCGUGGUGUGCUUCGGCGGCUGGAAGAUCGUCAAGCGCAUCAAGGAGGCCAAGGCCAUCGCUGCCGAGCGCGACGCGAGCGCCCAGGCUUUCGAGAUGCAAGACCACCAGUACCAGCAGUACGAUCAGCAGUUCCAGCACUACGACCAGCCUUACGCAGCCCGUGGCCCCGGCUCCGAGGCCGGCUCGCGGUACGGCCCGAGCGAGGACGACGCCCUCGUCCUGGAGGAGGAGCUGAGCACCAUCGAGUCGUGGCGCCGCGGGAUCGUGCCCUCGGAGGCCGACGACGACGAGCUGGCGCGGAGCAUCGCCGAGUCCGCGGACCUCGAGCUCAUCACGCCCGACGCGGCGCAGUCCGUCCGCGACGACGGCCGGUCCAUCCGCACGGUGCGCACGCACCGCUCGUCCAAGUCGCACCGGAGCCACCGGAGCCACCGGAGGUCGUCCGAGGAUGGUUAUGACGGGGUCGAGGUGCCCGAGCGCAAAAGCAGCCGGGCGAGCAAGGCCCCCACGGAGGCGGCGCCCAGCGAGGCCGGGAGCGAGCGGAGUCGGAAGACGUCCCGCUCCAAGGCCACCACCGUGCGCACGAGCGCGACCAAGGCCAUCGAGGACGGCAGCCGGCAGAGGGAGGACUCGCUCGAGUCGGUGCUGAACGGGGGUUCAAGUUCUUCUUCGCAUGCCCCGACGCUGGGGAGCCGGAAGAACAGCAUGCUUAAGACGCUGUUCCGCAAGAAGAAGGAGAGGGCUGGGGAGGAGGCUGUUUCUGUUAUGGCUUGAUGAUGGAUGGUUGAUGAUUUUUAAUGAGACUUGGACUGUUCUUUUUGUUUUUCGUUUUCGGUUUGGUUCCUUUUCCUGGUUUAUUUUGUUUCCUCCUCUUUUGUGUAUUUCGUCUACUGCAUAUGCAUUGUUGGCUGGCUACUGGGGUGCGAGUGAGAAGAGAAAACAGACACGGGCAUGGACACGGACACGCUGUGCGGCUCAGGACAAGAAUGAGAGAGAGAGGAAGGGGCUCAAGUGCUGAGCUGGACUUUCUUUGUGGCUCUUGGGUUUGGGAUGGCAUGGAGUAUGUUUUAUGGUUAGAUGGUUUUUAUGUCUGGGUAUGUGCCUGGGUACCUAGGUAGGUAUGUAGGGUUGAAUAGAUUGAAUGAAUGAUUGAUUAUGAUGGUAG